AUGUCCUACCAACCCAUCGACCAUGACGAUGAAACGCGCCGCUUAAACUCCUUCGAUGUUUCUGAUUCCACCAAAGGUUCACGGUCGAGGACUCGACCAAAGUAUGGCUUCACCGCCCCUCGACUGCACUCUCUCAUCUCCGUCGCCGCGGGCACUGUCAUGUGUCUUUUUGGCUACGAGCAAGGAGUCUUUGGUGGUAUCAUCGUUGGCCAAGAGUUUCAGGAGUAUUUCCAUCAUCCAUCGCCAUCCUUGACGGGCUUUGUCACCAGUGUCUACGAUCUGGGAUGUUUUGCCGGCGCCUUACUGACACUUGUUGUGGGAGAAUGGCUGGGGAGGAAACGCAUGCUGAUCAUUUUCACCAUCAUCAUGACGAGUGGAAUUAUGCUGCAGACAGGCGCGCAUUCCAUGAAUCAUCUGCUUUGGGGGAGGUUUAUCGCCGGGAUAGGGAAUGGUGGUAAUACUGCGACAGCACCUGUCUGGCACGUUGAGACGUCCCAUCAGGAUGCCAAGGGCAAAGCUGUCGUCAAAGAAAUGGUGGUCAACGUGAUGGGCUUCGUCAUAUCCAACAUAAUCACCCUCGCCUUUAGCAGGAUCACAACAGAAUCUCAAUGGCGCUUUCCGUUGGGUAUUCAACUUAUCUUCAUCGUCAUCAUUCUCGUACUCGUACCUAUUCUACCGGAGUCUCCCCGCUGGCUGCUGGCGAGGGGGAGAGAUGCUGAGGCAAAGACUGUCCUUGCCAGUCUCAGCGAGCAUGAUGUGGAGGGGGAUUUCAAGGGAAUUCGAGACUCCGUCCGCCAAGAAAUGGCCGUUCAAGCAUCCUGGUCGCAGAUCUUCAGAGGUGGUCCAGCAACCCGAAGACUCUUGUUAGGGAUGCUACUUCAAGUUUGCCAACAGCUCACCGGCAUCAACGUCCUUUGCUACUACCUCCCUCUUGUCCUUCACAAAAGUGUCGGCCUCCCCGAACUCGCCUCCCAUAUCCUAUCUACCGGCAUUGCAGUACUUUACAUGUUCGCCACUGCAGCCUCGCUCUUCUUCAUCGAACGACUAGGUCGGCGCCCUCUGCUAAUGUCGAUGGCUGCGGCCAUGGCUAUCUCCUUCCUCGGCAUCGCCAUCAGCACGGAAAUCAGCCACGACAAUGGCCAUCAUAUCCCUGGUAUCGUGGCUACAGUGUUCAUCACCUUCUACUUCUUAGCUUUCGGCUUCGGAUGGGUCGCCGUGCCGUGGCUGUACCCCGCCGAGAUCAACUCGCUCAGCAUGCGGACCAAAGGUGCUGCGCUUGCUACCGCCUGCGAUUGGCUGUUCAACUACGUGGUUGUGCAGACCACACCGAUUGGCAUACACUAUCUGCACUGGGGUCUGUAUCUGCUAUACGCAGUCUUGAACGCCUCCUUUGUCCCCAUCAUCUACUACCUCGUCGUGGAGACAGCCGGUAAAAGUCUGGAGCAGAUCGAUCAAUGGUUCGCUGCAAACACUGGAUGGCUGGUACAUAAAGCCGGCAACACAGCCUUUGCAGUCGCAAACGGAGCAGCGACGUUGGCGAAUGGAGCAUUGGGACAUGAUGAGAUGCGAGAGGGUAACGAGCACGAGAGUAUGGUCAAAGCGUACGAGCAGCAACAGCGGCGGAGCUACGACACUGACAUGCGGCCUAUUGACGAAAAUGACUUUGCGCUGGAUGAGGAGGAGGAGGAUGAUAGUUUUCAGUACCAUGAGUCAUUGGAUGUGGAGUAG